UUAACAGCAAAUAAACAACGUUCCCAGAAAAAUAAUGAAUCAACGAACGAGAAGGAUUUAAGAAAUUUGUGCAGCUAGAACGUAAUGUAAAACGCAGUUUAAAGGAAAAGGGCAUAUUCUGGGACUUUCCCACAUUAAUGGGCGCAUCAUUGUUUAAGCUUUGCAAUUGCUGCCAAAGAAACAGAAACACCGUCGGCACGCUUCCCGAAAGGCAUAUAAAGCUUCUGUUACUUGGACCCAUGGCCAGCGGCAAGACUGAAGUCGGCCACCUAUUGAGUCGUCAACACCGCCAAAUUUAUGAGCCCACAAAUGGAGUGCAAUAUUUUAGGAUGGAGCUUCCGGAGCGGCAAGUGUCCAUCACCGAGGUGGGUGGAAGCACGGACAUGCAAAAAAUAUGGCAUCACUAUUUUUUAACAACUAUGGGAAUCAUAUAUUGCUUCGAUAUGUCGGCCACAUACAAUGAGUUGCGAAAUUCCUUUGACUGUUUUCAGCGUACUCUAAUGCAUCCCCACGUACGAGGGAAACCCUUUUUACUACUAGCCACAAAAGCCGACCUCGCCGAUGAGGGAGUACAAAUUUAUGAUAUUGAGAACACCUUUCAACUAGAGGCACUUGCAAAAUAUUACCUCAGCAGCGUUCACGUGUGCUACAUAGGUAAAAACCUGGAUUUAAGCAGUAUGUGGGGCGGAGUGGCAUGGCUGGUUAAACACAUUAUAGACAAUAUGGACUCACUGCAAGCACGCCUUAGAGCGGACGCGAAUAUGAAGAUUUGGCAGGAGCAACUCAAUCGCUUGAUAACCGAGGGACGAAUCAAACAAGGGCGUUACCGCCAAUUUCAGUAUCAUCUGAAAAACACAGCGCGCAGGAAGUUAUGGUACCGUUCCUUCGCACCUUUUCGAACUAAACGCAUCCGACCACAUACAGCUCCAGCGACAGUAAACGCGGCUUCGUUCAGCCAAUUGUCAAAAAUGGAAGAAUUAGCAACGAAAUCGCUCGAGGAAGGCGAAAAAAGUGAUGUGCCAAUCUAAGAGAUGAAGUACUGACCGAAGUUUGAUGAAAAGUGCGAACGAAUCAGCACCGAUGUGUUUUGCCAAUAGGAAUUAAAUUUUUUAAGACCUUUAUUAGCAUCAAUUUAUUCAAUAAAUUUUAUAUACAAACAUCUAAACACA